AAAAUUAUAAUAAAAUGACAUAAAGUGUUUAAAGUAAUAAACAUAUGCGAAUUGCAAGCUUAAAAUUUAUUUCAGUUUCGAUACACCCUAUUGACGUACUCUAUUAUUUUGGACAUAUGAUGUUUCUACGUGGCUGACGUGUUAACAUGUCCCAAAUAGUUUCAACAUAAUUUCCCAAAUUGCAACGAAUGUUUUGCUUGUGUUUAUUCCGUAGAAUUGUUGAAAAUAAAACUAUUAACAAAAUUAAAAGUAAAUAGUGUGAUAUGAAUGUGCGUAUAUAGCAAUAAAAAUUAAUUGAUAUAUCACCAAAAAAAACAACACAGAAAAAAUGGCGUUAUUGACGAUGAUAGCAAGAGUAAUUGAUGGUCUUCCACUGGUUGGAACCAUGCAGGAGGAUGAACAGUCCGGUCGUAGCAUAUUAGAAUAUCAGAACCAAGCAAAAAUGUUAUUUAGAAAAUUAGGUUCACAUUCCCCGACACGUUCCAGCAUUGAAACAGGCCCAUAUCUCUUUCACUAUUUAAUUGAAAACGAAGUCUGCUACUUGGUUAUGUGCGAUAAAAUGUAUUCGAAACGUUUGGCGUUUACGUAUUUAGAGGAUUUAGCGCAAGAGUUCCACACAAACUAUGGCAGACGCGUUAACUCAGUGACACGACCCUAUGCAUUUAUUGAAUUCGACGUUUAUAUACAAAAAGCCAAAAAACAAUUAACCGAUCGGCGGAGAAACAUAAGCAACAUAAAUACUCAGCUGCAGGAUGUGCAAAGAAUAAUGGUACAAAACAUAGAUGAUGUUUUACAGAGAGGCACAGUCCUAUCAGAACUGGAUACAAAAACGCAAAAUCUCUCUAUGAUGUCACAGAAAUACAAAAAAGAUGCUACUUAUUUAAAUCGAAAGUCAAUGUAUGUUAAAGCUGCAGCGGCCGGUAUUGUGUUAUUUGUUUUUAUUUUAUAUUUCUGGGUUUUGUAAUAAAUUGAAUUAUUACUAUAUUAA